AUGAAGGAAUCUAUUAGAGAGCGUAGCGAUAACGAGAGAGUUUCUGCUAUGGGAAUGAUGUUGCGCCAGCAACUUGGUAGAGUUUCGGUAGCAUUUGCCUCUAAGGACUUGACGGUGGCACCUCCAUCAGGCGUUGGCGGCGCCACUCACAACCCUGACGGGAGUGUGACUGUCGGUUCCACCAGAGUCUAUCCGAACGGCACAUACGUCACCAGCGACGGCCAGACAUUCGUAAAUCCACCCACCCCAAACCCAGAUGGAUCUGUAACGCUCGGCGGUACCAACUUUUAUCCGAAUGGGACAAUCGUUGGCUCCGAUGGGAAGGUGUACAACGCCGGUCAAGUGUCGCUCCCCUCGGUUGUCAACGGCAGUUCCGACGUCACUGCCAACCCUGACGGGAGUGUGACUAUUGGCACCGCCAAGCUCUAUCCGAACGGCACGUAUGUCACCAGCAACGGCCAAGUAGUCAACCCACCUAUUCCAUCCACAAAUCCGGACGGUUCUGUAACGAUCGGCGGUACCAACUUUUAUCCAAAUGGGACAAUCGUUGGCUUCGAUGGGAAGGUGUACAACGCCGGUCAAGUGUCGCUCCCCUCGGUCCUCAACGGCAGUUCCGACGUCACUGCCAACCCUGACGGGAGUGUGACUAUUGGCACCGCCAAGCUCUAUCCGAACGGCACGUAUGUCACCAGCAACGGCCAAGUAGUCAACCCACCUAUUCCAUCCACAAAUCCGGACGGUUCUGUAACGAUCGGCGGUACCAACUUUUAUCCAAAUGGGACAAUCGUUGGCUCCGAUGGGAAGGUGUACAACGCCGGUCAAGUGUCGCUCCCCUCGGUCGUCAACGGCAGUUCCGACGUCACUGCCAACCCUGACGGGAGUGUGACUAUUGGCACCGCCAAGCUCUAUCCGAACGGCACGUAUGUCACCAGCAACGGCCAAGUAGUCAACCCACCUAUUCCAUCCACAAAUCCGGACGGUUCUGUAACGAUCGGCGGUACCAACUUUUAUCCAAAUGGGACAAUCGUUGGCUCCGAUGGGAAGGUGUACAACGCCGGUCAAGUGUCGCUCCCCUCGGUCGUCAACGGCAGUUCCGACGUCACUGCCAACCCUGACGGGAGUGUGACUAUUGGCACCGCCAAGCUCUAUCCGAACGGCACGUAUGUCACCAGCAACGGCCAAGUAGUCAACCCACCUAUUCCAUCCACAAAUCCGGACGGUUCUGUAACGAUCGGCGGUACCAACUUUUAUCCAAAUGGGACAAUCGUUGGCUCCGAUGGGAAGGUGUACAACGCCGGUCAAGUGUCGCUCCCCUCGGUCGUCAACGGCAGUUCCGACGUCACUGCCAACCCUGACGGGAGUGUGACUAUUGGCACCGCCAAGCUCUAUCCGAACGGCACGUAUGUCACCAGCAACGGCCAAGUAGUCAACCCACCUAUUCCAUCCACAAAUCCGGACGGUUCUGUAACGAUAGGUGGCUUGAGCUUCUUUCCCAAUGGGACGGUAGUUGGCUCUGAUGGGAAACCUGUUGAUGCAGGCGGGAUGCCGCCGAUCCCUGGGGUCCAGAUCCCCAGCCUUACUGCCAGUGUGAAUCCUAACAGCACCAUCACGCCAAGUCCACCCCCUCCACCCAAGCCUGCUGCAGGUUUGCUUGUAUCACCUGCCAUAGCAGCUACUGGCCUGUCCCUCCACUUGGCACCAGCAGCCCCAGUAGCAUGCUUAAGAGCAGCUCCACCCACGUGUCCCCACGUGUUCCCACCUCAUAUCCCCAUGUGUCCCCACGUGUUCCCACCUCAUAUCCCCAUGUGUCCCCACCAUAUCCCCAUGUGUCCCCACGUGUUCCCACCUCAUAUCCCCAUGUGUCCCCACGUGUUCCCACCUCAUAUCCCCAUGUGUCCCCACGUGUUCCUACCUCAUAUCCCCAUGUGUCCCCACGUGUUCCCACCUCAUAUCCCCAUGUGUCCCCACGUGUUCCCACCUCAUAUCCCCAUGUGUCCCCACGUGUUCCCACCUCAUAUCCCCAUGUGUCCCCACGUGUUCCCACCUCAUAUCCCCAUGUGUCCCCACGUGUUCCCACCUCAUAUCCCCAUGUGUCCCCACGUGUUCCCACCUCAUAUCCCCAUGUGUCCCCACGUAUUCCCACCUCAUAUCCCCAUGUGCCCCCACGUGUUCCCACCUCAUAUCCCCAUGUGUCCCCACAUGUUCCCACCUCAUAUCCCCAUGUGUCCCCACGUGUUCCCACCUCAUAUCCCCAUGUGUCCCCACGUGUUCCCACCUCAUAUCCCCAUGUGUCCCCACGUGUUCCCACCUCAUAUCCCCAUGUGUCCCCACGUGUUCCCACCUCAUAUCCCCAUGUUUUAUCAUGUGUCUCCAUGCAUCCCCACGUGUCCCUAUGUAUCCCCACGUGUCCCCAUGUAUCCCCACGUGUCCCUAUGUAUCCCCACGUGUCCCCAUGUAUCCCCACGUGUCCCUAUGUAUCCCCACGUGUCUCCACCAUUCUCCACAUAUCCUCACAUGUCCCCAUUCAUCCCUACGCUUCUCCAUAUAUCCCCACGUGUCCCCAUGUAUCCCCACGUGUCCCCAUGUAUCCCCACGUGUCCCCAUGUAUCCCCACGUGUCCCCAUGUAUCCCCACGUGUCCCCAUGUAUCCCCACGUCUCCCCAUGUAUCCCCACGUGUCCCCAUGUAUCCCCACGUGUCCCCAUGUAUCCCCACGGGUCCCCACCAUUCUCCACAUAUCCUCACAUGUCCCCAUUCAUCCCCACGUUUCUCCAUAUGUCCCCACGUGUCCCCAUGUAUCCCCACGUGUCCCCAUGUAUCCCCACGUGUCCCCAUGUAUCCCCACGGGUCCCCACCAUUCUCCACAUAUCCUCACAUGUCCCCAUUCAUCCCCACGUUUCUCCAUGUAUCCACAGUUGAGCAGAUGGUGAGGGAAAGCAGGCAGAGGAGACAGAGCACCAUGCUAUGA